GAAGCCAUGGAGAUGCAAUGUGUCAAAGAAGUUGUUGGUAAAAUACGAUCACUUCGAAAUACUUACAACAAUGAGUUGUUAAAGGCAAAAAAAUCUAAUACUACGGGUAUGGCAACCAAUGAUCUGUAUAUUUCUAAAAUUCCUUGGCUGUGUCAUUUGGAUUUCUUGAAAAAUAUUGACAGUUACACGAGAGAAAAUACAGAAAAUAUGGCAGUAGACGCAUUAGAAAAAGUUGCAACGCAGCACUUUUUAAAUGAUGAAUUUGAUCUUUUUGGACAAACUAUAGCUGAACAGCUACGGCAACUUCCUUUAGAAAUUGCUCUGAAAACAGAGGAAAUGAUUUUAUCAACAGUCCGAAAGCAACGAAUCAAAUUAGCAAAACAACAGACAUCAACUCAAUAAGUUCGCCUUCCAACUUUAUCCUCGGAAUCCAAUACCUUUGCUUCUACCAGUGGUAAAAGUGGUGUAGUAACAGACAAUGAGUAUCCUUAUGAUGAGGACUACGAUGUACUCGCACGGGCUGUAGCAAGCAUUCAUGAUACAUCUAUGUCGAAGUCCAAAUAGAGUUAUGAUCAAUAUUAAUUUUUAAAUAUCCUAAGUUGUUGAUUGUUUGUAGCUACUUCCAAAUAAAAAAUAAAAAUUAUUUGCUUACCUCAAUUAAGUUUUUUAAUUCUUGGUAGACUGCAUCCAAGAUCUCAGGCACAAAUUUCGAUAUACUACAAGAUGAUACCCUGAAUUCGUAUGAUAAAGACUUAAAACUAUUUCCAGAUGCUAACAAGCGCAGCGUAAUUUGAAGUUUAAGUUUUGCUGGUAACGCUUCUCGACAUAUCGUAUCUUGUUUAGAUAUUUUGUUGGACACUCUUGUCAGUAAAAAAUUAAAAUUAUCUUCACUCAUUCUAAAAUAGUUUUUAUAGCUCUCAGGAUCUUCAUCUGCUAAUUCAGAGACUA